UUCACUGCGAACAGCGAAUUGUUACCAUGCCUGAACCACAGCAGAAGCCAGCGCCCAAGAAGGGCUCCAAGAAAGCCGUGACCAAGACCGCCGGCAAGAAGGACAAGAAGAGGAGGAAGACCAGGAAGGAGAGCUACGCCAUCUACGUCUACAAGGUGAUGAAGCAGGUCCACCCCGACACCGGCAUCUCCUCCAAGGCCAUGGGCAUCAUGAACUCCUUCGUGAACGACAUCUUCGAGCGCAUCGCCGGUGAGGCCUCCCGCCUGGCUCACUACAACAAGCGCUCCACCAUCACCUCCAGAGAGAUCCAGACCGCCGUCCGCCUGCUGCUGCCCGGGGAGCUGGCCAAGCACGCCGUGUCCGAGGGCACCAAGGCCGUCACCAAGUACACCAGCUCCAAGUAGACGACGACCUUCCUCCUUACUGCCUCCAUCUUAAACCCACCAAAGGCUCUUUUAAGAGCCACACACUUUCCCUGAAAGAGCCAAGUU